CCGACGCUGACAAAAAGCUCUCUGCCGAGGAAGAGGAGGCCCGGCGGAUCGCUGAAAUGGGCAAACCCAUCCUCGGGGAAAACUCCCGCCUUGAGGUCAUCAUUGAGGAGUCCUACGAUUUCAAGAACACGGUGGACAAACUCAUCAAGAAAACUAACCUGGCGCUGGUGAUCGGCACGCACUCCUGGCGGGAGCAGUUCCUCGAGGCAAUCACCGUGAGUGCGGGCGACGAGGAAGACGAGGAGGACGGGCAUGAGGAGCGGCUCCCUUCCUGCUUCGACUACGUCAUGCACUUCCUGACCGUCUUCUGGAAAGUCCUCUUCGCCUGCGUGCCCCCCACCGAGUACUGGAACGGCUGGGCCUGCUUCUGCGUCAGCAUCAUGGUGAUCGGCCUCCUGACGGCUCUCAUCGGCGACCUGGCCUCCCACUUCGGCUGCACCAUCGGCCUCAAGGACUCGGUCAACGCCGUCGUGUUCGUGGCCCUGGGCACCUCCAUCCCAGACACCUUCGCCAGCAAAGUGGCGGCCCUCCAGGACCAGUGCGCCGACGCCUCCAUCGGCAACGUGACGGGCAGCAACGCAGUCAACGUCUUCCUGGGCCUGGGCGUGGCGUGGUCGGUGGCCGCCAUCUAUUGGGCCUUCCAGGGCAAAGACUUCGAGGUAGCGGCGGGGACCAUGGCCUUCCCCGUCACCCUCUUCACCAUCUUUGCCUUCAUCUGCAUCAGCGUCCUCAUGUACCGGCGCCGUCCGCACAUAGGGGGCGAGCUGGGGGGGCCCCGAACCGCCAAAAUCCUGACCGUGACCCUCUUCGUGGGCCUGUGGUUCAUCUACAUCCUCUUUGCCGGCCUGGAGGCCUACUGCCACAUCAAGAGCUUCUGA